AUGCUUCUCUUUCUUUCUUUCUUUCUUUCUUUCUUUCUUUCUUUCUUUCUUUCUUUCUUUAGGUUUAAUUUCUUCCAUUUUGAUUUUCCUAUUUUUCUUUCUUCAUAUUUAUUUCAUUCUUUCUUUUUUGCUUGCUUGCUUGCUUUCUUUUCUUUCUUUCUUUCUUUCUUUCUUUCUUUCUUUCUUUCUUUCUUUCUUAUUCCCACAUAUUCUUUUUUUAAUGGUUCCUUUCACCAUUCCCUUCGUUUAUUUCUUUCUAUCUUUCUUUUUUUCUUAUUCCCAAAUAUUAUUUUUCAAUCUGUUUCAUCUUUUGAUACACCCCGUUUCUUUCUUUCUUUCUUUCUUUCUUUCUUUCUUUCUUUCUUUCACGGCUUCAUCACCUAUCCAUUCCCCACCCCCUGGCUCUCUAUCGUUUUUGCUUUCCAUGAACCGUUUUUGCCAUUUCUUCUCUCUGUUUUCAAAAUUGCUUUCUUAAGUAGUUUUACAUAUGUUCAUCACUUCUUUCUUUCUUUCUUUUGCCUUUUCUUUCUCUUUUUCGUCAUUACAUCUAACAAGUUUAUACUUUUUUCAUUAUUUCAUUAUUGCAUUUAUUAUAUUUAUACUACUUUUUUCUGUUUUUUCCCCUUUUCUUUUGCUAUCCAUUUUUUCUUUUACAUAUUCUUUCCUUUUUUUUUCAUUUACUUUCUGACUUUCUCCUAA